AUGAGUUUCACCUUCUACGACGGAACCAUCGCGGUCAUCCAGAGUACCCUCAAGUCUCUGACCCACGUCCUCCGCCAAGCCGAGACACGUCCCGAUGCGACCGCCCUCCUCGAGGCCCGGCUGUACGAAGACAUGUACCCCUUGACCGAUCAAGUCCGCCUCGCGACCCAGUUCUCGGAGAAUGUGGCCGCCAAAUUGACCGGUCGGGAGCCGGUGGUGUUCGAAGGCAAGCCCACCACCUAUGCUGAAUGCUAUGAGCGCAUUGACACCGUGCUGGAAGUGCUCGGCAAGGCCGACAAGGAUGUCGUCAACCAGCAUAGUGAUAUCGUGUCGCCGUCCAAGGUGGGCGGGAAUCUGACGAUGGAUGUCAGUGGCGCCGUGUAUGCCCAUACCAUGGCCAUGCCGAAUAUCUAUUUCCAUUUGACGACUGCGUAUGACAUUCUGCGGAAGGAGGGCGUGCCGUUGGGGAAGCGGGAUUAUUAUGCGGGUUUCUUUCCUCUGUCUUGAUUCAGUGAGGAGAAUUUGGGGAUUGUGGAUGGUUGUGUCAACAGAUCUGCAUGAUCAAGCCAUGUGUAUACAGUACUCUGGCGGUUGCUUUCGUGCAGUCCCCAGCUUUGGGUAGAGAACGCAUCGCUGGGAAAUUGAAGUUGGCUCAAAGUCAAGCAAGUCUCGCUCAUAUAUGUAUUCCUCGAUGGCGACGCUAGGCGUGCUCGCACGAUCAGAUC